AUGUCAGAAUCUAACCACAUAGUGUCAGAAUCUAACCAUAUAAUGUCAGAAUCUAACCACAUAGUGUCAGAAUCCAACCAUAUAAUGUCAGAAUCUAACCAUAUAAUGUCAGAAUCUAACCACAUAGUGUCAGAAUCUAACCACAUAGUGUCAGAAUCUAACCACAUAGUGUCAGAAUCUAACCGCAUAGUGUCGGAAUCUAAUCACAUAGUUUCAGAAUCUAAUCAUAUAAUGUCAGAAUCUAACCGCAUAGUGUCGGAAUCUAAACACAUAGUGUCAGAAUCUAACCAUAUAAUGUCAGAAUCUAACUAUAUAAUGUCAGAAUCUAACCAUAUAAUGUCAGAAUCUAACCACAUAGUGUCAGAAUCCAACCAUAUAAUGUCAGAAUCUAACCACAUAGUGUCAGAAUCCAACCAUAUAGUGUCAGAAUCUAACCGCAUAGUGUCGGAAUCUAAACACAUAGUGUCAGAAUCUAACCAUAUAAU